AUGCCGAUUUGCCAUUUAAACCUCGAGUACCGAACAUCGUAUAGAGAAACUACCUGCCCCAAAACAACCUAUUUCUGCUGCUCCGGCUACGAGUACACACAGAGUCGAUGCAUUCGAAUCUGUACCGACCCGCUGUGUAACUCUCACCUGUGCGACAAUGACCAGUGCCCAGGCUGUGUGCACGACUAUGGAACCUACAACGGGAAACCAGCCAGAGCCUAUGACGCUUCCGGCAUGAACUGCUAUCAGCGCUGUUCGUGGAGAAGCGACAGUAACCUGUGCUUCCCUGGUACGUGUGAGCGGAUUGGCUCCUGCUCCUGCACUUCUGGUUUCUCCGGCAGUUCCUGCACAACAAUCGAUUCCACCCCAACGUUUACACACUGGCUGGGGAAGCUGCACGAAAACUCCGGAGGAACAGCUGAUUUGGACCAAAACAAUCAGGAAGUCUGGACUAACAAGAUCCCCACUAGACUGGACUUUGAAUGGUUCCUGUCCUACACGAGACCAAACCCUGACUUCCACUCCUACAUCCGGGCUUUUAAAGUCGGCAUCAUGGAGAGUAAAGUGAGCUGGAGCCAGAAGAGGAACACUUAUCAAGUUGUUACUGGCGGUACCAUCAACUGUGACAUGGCUCUCAGCAACAGCAACCCUCCACUGGACUCCGCCAUACAAUGUACCAACGAUCAGGCAGCCUCACUGAACAUCAUCCAUGGCGACGAGAUUGAGGUAGAGAUUUCUGCUAAGCUCGGUGGGUACUUCACCUAUCACGACUUCGACACGGGGCAAAACCACAACCGGUACUUCACAGACGGACCGUACCAAAGGACCGGCUCCGGGGCCAAGUGGAGACAGCGACAGCUGACGGCAGUCCAUCACUGGAAAACCAGUGCUAAAAUGAGUUCAGCACUGACUAACCGGUGCUGGAACAAGAUUCAGCACUGGAAAUCCAGUCUUGAUGGAGCUCCAGCACUGGAAUAG